AUGGCGGCUUUGUCGAAGGCCAUAGUCAAAAAUGUUCUUUUUGCACACUUGGACGAAAAUGAACGUUCGGAUAUUUUCGAUGCCAUGUUUCCUGUUAAUUUUCUUCCCGGUGAAACAAUUAUUCAACAGGGAGACGAAGGGGAUAAUUUUUAUGUAAUCGACCAAGGUGAAGUUGAAGUUUACGUGAAUUCCGAAUUGGUGACAACAAUAGGAGAGGGUGGAAGUUUUGGAGAAUUGGCUCUCAUUUAUGGAACUCCAAGAGCAGCAACUGUUCGUGCCAAAACAGACGUUAAACUAUGGGGCAUAGACAGAGAUUCGUACAGGCGUAUUUUAAUGGGAUCUACAAUUCGAAAGAGAAAAAUGUACGAAGAAUUUCUUUCUCGGGUUUCUAUUUUAGAAAGUUUAGAUAAAUGGGAAAGAUUAACCGUCGCAGAUGCACUAGAACCCGUUAGUUUUGAAGAUAAGGAAACGAUAGUGAGGCAAGGAGAACCCGGAGAUGAUUUUUACAUAAUUGUAGAUGGUACUGCUCUUGUUUUGCAAAAUAGAUCUGAGGGUGAAGAACCUAUGGAAGUUGGUCGCUUAGGCCCGUCUGAUUAUUUCGGUAAACAAAAAAAUACAUAA